GGGGAAGGGACAGCCAUAUCGCUGAAGUGAAACUUAAGCAUACAGUAGAAUUUGCAAGCAAGAAAAACGUUUUUUAGCUUUUACAUUAACAUAUAAACAGAAGAACAGAUUCAGCAACCACUGAAAAAAACAUGGCUUCAUGCAGCAGUCUCCUGUCUGAAGAUCAGUUCCAGUGUUCUAUCUGUCUGGAUGUGUUCACAGAACCUGUCACUAUUCCAUGCGGACACAAUUACUGUAAGGCCUGCAUCACAAGGCACUGGGAUAACAACGAUGUGUGUCAGUGUCCACUGUGUCAGAAGAACUUCGGCAGAAAACCUGACAUCUUUGUGAACACAAUGUUCAGAGAUGUUGUCGAGAAAUUUAGGAUGAAUGUCCGAGUUAAAUACGAGUCACAUUCCAAACCUGGGGAUGUGUCCUGUGACGUCUGCACUGGGAGGAAACUCAAGGCCAAGAAGUCCUGUCCUGUCUGUCAGACCUCUUACUGUGAGACUCAUCUGGAGCCUCAUCAGAGAGUUGCAGCCUUGAAGAAACACAAGCUGAUCGACCCUGUGGAGAACCUGGAGGACAGGAUGUGUCAGAAGCAUGAGAGACCCCUGGAACUGUUCUGCAGGACUGACCAGACGUGUGUGUGUCUCAUGUGCGUCACCACAGACCACCAGACGCAUGAUACUGUUUCUCUAGAGGAGGAAUAUAGCGAAAGGAAAGCAACGAUGCACGAGAUACUGGCCGAAAUGAAUAAGAUGAUACAGAUACGCUCUAGGGAGGUUGAGAAGAUCAAACGCUCAGUAGAGACCAGCAAGAGAGAUGCACUUGAAGAGAUAUCAGACAGCAUUGAGGUCUUCACUGCUCUGGUCCGGGCCAUUGAGAAAAGCCAGGCUGAGCUCAUUGAGAUGAUUGAGGAGAAGCAGAAAGCAGCAGAGAAACAGGCAGAUGAGUCCAUCAAAGAUCUGGAGCAGGAGAUCACUGAGCUGAAGAGGAGAAGCACCGAGCUGGACAAAUUCUCACACAGUGACGACCACCUCCACCUGCUCCAGAGCAUCCCAUCCCUGAGCACCCCACAAAUGAAAGAUUAUCCUGAGGUCAGUGUUGAUGGGGAUCUGUACAAGGGGGCAUUGGGAAGAACCAUCUCUCAGCUAAAAGACGCACUCAAUAAAGAGAUGGAGAAUAUGCCUAUAGUCAAGCUGAAGAGGAUUCAGCAGUAUGCAGUGGAUGUGACUCUGGACCCUGAUACAGCACAUCCCAAACUCCGCCUGUCUGAGGAUGGGAAACAAGUGACACAUGCAGACCUCUGGAACAAUCUUCCUGACAGCCCAGAGAGAUUUAACCGGACUCUCGGGGUCCUGGGGAUGCAGGACCUCUCAGCCGGGAGGUCCUACUAUGAGGUUGAGGUUAAAGGGAAGAUUAUUUGGGAUUUAGGAGUGGCCAGCAAGUCCAUCAACAGAAAGUGGACAGUCAGACUUGUGGAUAGACCUGAGGAUGGAUACUGGACUCUGUCUUUGAGGAAUGGCAAUGAGUACACAGUUAAUGCUGCCCCUGGUGUCCUCCUCUCCCUGAGACAGAAGCCCCAGAAGGUGGGGGUGUUUGUGGACUAUGAAAGAGGUCUGGUCUCCUUUUAUGACGUGGAGGCCAGGUCUCAUAUCUACUCUUACACUGGCUGCACCUUCAAAGGGAAGUUGUAUCCAUAUUUCAGCCCUAGCUCCAAUCAUGGUGGCAAAAAUGCAGCUCCUCUGAUCAUAUCCCUGUAAAGACUUGUGAAACUGACCUGUUGAAUGAACCUACGAAUUGUCAUUUAAUUGUUGGGAUGCAGUAUUCUAUCAAUUCACUGAUAAUUAUCUGGGAUUACUGACCAUUGUAUUUUGAUGAAUAUAUGUAAUGUUAUGACAGGAUGGUGGUUGUAAUGUAUAACAUUGUUUGAAGUACAUGUAGAUAUACUGUACUUGUGGAGAACAACAGAAUAUGGAUUUCUGCACUCAAGGAUCAAUGAUGGGGUAUUGGUUUUUCUAACCAUAGUGGAUGUCACCCAGAAAUCCCUUUCCAGUUGAAAAUGACUGCCCCCAUGGGGGUCGUUCAGAUCCCCUUCUGAACCCUAACACCAUGUUUGUGUUGUCGCAGUGAGCUUGCAUUUGUCUCCUGAUGUAUUGAGUGGUCACAUUCUGUUGGGAUUUUGGGAACAUAAAAAUCUGUCAAAUGUUUGAACACACA